GGUAAAAUUGACCGCGAAGUGAACUCAUAAUAAGAAUGCACUACUUGAUAAUCAACGUUUUCCAAUAUCCAAUUAAUUUUUAUGCAUGACGUGACUCGAAGUAAUUUAUGCAUGAUGAAAUUGAUUCACCCAUACAUUUCCGAGAAAUCAACUUACCGAGAAUCACAGCAACACGCAAAUUCUAAGAAUAGACGUUAUAUCUCGGGAUUCUCAGGAAAAAAAUUGAUUUCUUCACCUGUCCUUUUGUAUAACCCACUUGAAUUAAGAUGUCGACAAAGCGUAACUCAAAGAAAGAUUUACCCGACGAUGAAGCCUUAGACGAAGUGAAUAAACACAUCAAAGACGCUUUCGACAUUCUGAAGCGUGAGACAAACAAGCUUCGCAAGGAAAGAAAUGCGUUUGACGAGGUGGCAAAGAAGCUCGAGCAUGUUCAUUUCUCGACCAUGCUGAAACUCAACGUCGGAGGCCAUUUUUUCUCCACAAGUUUGGCGACUAUGACUAAAGAUCCAGGUUCCAUGUUACAUGCCAUGUUUUCAGGCAGAUUUGACACAAAACCUGGCGAGGAUGGAUCUUACUUCAUCGACCGAGAUGGAACACACUUCCGACAUAUCUUAAAUUACCUUCGCACUGGAAAACUCGUUUUACCGGACGAUAAAGUCGUUCGCAAGGAGUUGUUGAACGAGGCAGAAUUCUAUCAAAUCGAUGGGAUACUCGAUGAGUUGAAGGCAAAUCCGUUUAAAGAUUCUGCAAUUCUCUCCUCAGAACAGCGUGAAACCCUGGUAGAUUGGUUGAAGGACAUACGCGAAAGCUUAGGCGACGAUUACGUGUUGUUAUACCGAGCUUCUCGCAAUGGAUGGGCCGCCUCUUACUUCCACUCCUGUUGUGAUAACAAAGGACCAACAGUUACAGUGAUCAAGUAUGGAAACUACAUAUUUGGAGGAUAUACUGAGCAGCCAUGGCAAUCGCCAAAUACUGCAUCGUACAAAAGAGCACCAGGUUCUUUCCUGUUCAGCCUUAAAAAAUAUCUCGGGCUUCUCGGAAAAAAAAAAAGUUGCUUUCGACACCUGUCCUUUUGUUUGACUCACUUGGAUUAA